AUGGGUAACAAAAAGAAACCCAAUGCAGCCCAGGAGACCCCUGGUCAGACAUCCAGCAAAAAAGCCGGUGAUCUGGACCGCUACUUUAAAGAUAAAGUAAGGGUGCUCGCAGAGACAGAAGCGGGAGAGCCGCCAUCUUCUCCACGUGCAUCGCCGCCAAACAGCCCGGCGAGUUCCGAAAUCUCCACCUCAAAAGGCAACAUCUUACUCCAAGAACUAAUACAAAACCUCCCAUCCAAAGAAGAUAUAGCUUCUAUGCUGGCGAGACUGGAAGCCUCUAUGCAAGAGAAGCUGUCCUCCAUUACUAAUGAGGUACGACAAAUAGGCCUGCGGGUGGGAGAUUUAGAAGGUGAUAGAGAUAAUAUUCAGCUGCGGAUCCAAAAUUUAGAACAGAGACAAGAUGCCCAGGAUGGCAAAAUUGUGCAGAUUAUACGCCACACAGAAGACCUCGAUAAUAGGGGCAGAAGAAAUAAUCUUCAUUUAAGGGGCAUCCCAGAGGUACAGGGGGACCCCGAAAAUGUCAGAGAGACAUUACAAACUUUAUUCAAUAACAUACUACAACGUCCAAUAGAAACACCCAUAUUAAUGGACAGAGCUCAUAGAGCAGUAAGGCCAUGGCCUACCUCAAGAUGCUCCAAGAUAUAUUGUAUGCAGAAUACAUUACUACAGUCUUAAAGAAGAAAUCAUGCGCCAAGCACGGAAUUCUCCAGCUGUAAACACACCCUCCACGCAAAUUCAAAUACUGCCUGACUUGGCCUGGCAAACAUUGCAGGGAAGAAGGGCUCUAUGACCCAUCACACAGGCUUUACAGAUGAAGGAAAUCCAUAAUAGGUGGGGAUACCCGUUUUCCCUUACAGCAUCACAUCACGGUCCCAAGGCUCCGCGCAGGCUUUAACCCAAAGACCCAGAUGGACUCUCCUUCAAGGCGGAGAAGAGGAGGACACCAGGAAAGAGACUCCCUUUUACGCCAUCAUCCAGACCCAGGCCUGCUUCAGAAGACACUUGAAGGAGCACCCAGAAGUCCAGAUUCAAGGACAUAA